AUGAACCAGUCCAGAGAGUUCAGCUUUGUGUUUUCCUGCAAUGUCAGCCCAAGUACCGAACUCGACAUCGGAGUCACCCAGAGUGAGCCAUUGGCCGUUGCUGUUCCCAUGACGAUAUUCUACAGUACCAUCUUCUUGCUCGGGGUGUUCUUCAACGGUUUGAGCCUACUGACUCUGGUUGUGGACGCUCAUAUGAGGACCAGUGCUAUCCGUCUCUACCUCAUCAGCCUGGUCGUGUCUGACAUCCUCCAGCUGCUGACGGUGCCGGUGACGGUGUAUCGCUACUACUGGGAGAGCUACCCCUGGAGGCUGGGCCACGUCCUCUGCAAGGCCUACUUCAUGAUGCGGCAGAUGUACUGCGCCAGCACCAGCUGGGUCAUCACAGCCCUCACCGCGGAGCGCUACGCCGCUAUCUGCCACACCAUGUGGUCCGUGUCCAGCCUCAAGCAGUACCGCCGGCCGUGUCUGCUGUGGGUGUGGAUCAUCUCCCUGCUGUCGGCCGUGCCCUUCGCCCUGGUGUACGGCCAGGCUCGCGUCUGCAUCCUCAACUACACAGCGGCCACGCCCGAGGACGCCCUGCACGUCUCCACCAUGUGUGAGAUGAGGGAGCCCGACCCCGCCCACAUCUACAAGGGAGCCCUGCUACUCAGAGCCAGCCUCUUCUUCCUGGUUCCGCUGGUGGUGAUCUCCACCCUGUACUUGCUGAUCCUGCUUCACCUGAGGAGGAACAGCCGUCAGAGGAAGACCCUGGGCCUCACCCAGACCGACCGGGAGGCCAGCAGAGGCGUGCAGUGUCAUAAGAACGGAAAGUUACUCUCCAAUGAGAAGAGGGCUCUAAGGCUCAUGGGCGCUGUGUUGGUGGCGUUCUUCGUCUGUAACUUCCCGGACAUGGCGUCGUCGCUCAUGCAGGUGUACGUGGAGGUGUGGUCGGACCGGGUCCUCUCCGUCUACACGGUGCUCAAGUCCUACCUGGCGCUGCCGCUGUGGUACAUCAACAGCGCCCUGGACCCGCUGCUGUUCUGCAUCUCCUCCUGCACCUUCCGCCGGGCCUGCCUGCGGACGCUGCGCCGCCUGCGCCCCCGCUGCCCCCGCCCCCCCACCCGGGGCCGGGGGGGCGGGGGCAGCAGGGCCGGCCUGGGGCAGAGGAGCUCCAGCGGGGGGGCCGGGAGCGCCACGGGCCGAGAGAGGAGCGAGGCUGAGGGGGUGAUGCUGUGA